AUGGCAACAUAUGAAGAAGGGUUACAGUGCAAGAGACAAAGAAAUAAGUUUUCCAUUGUCAAGUUGAAAGGCGUGGAAAUUCAAGAUGUAAUUAUUCAACUGCUUCCCUUUGAGAGGACUGGCGAUUGUCAAUAUCCAAAGUCACAAUUUGCUGACUAUACUAAACCACUCCCAAACAUUGCACUGCCGCCUAAGAAAGUUUCCAGAGAAUUUAUUGAUAAAUACAGACGUGGUGAAAUCAACCCGGUUUCAGCCUUACAUCAGUAUGCACAAAUGUUGCGAAUGCAACUAAUUUUAAAAGAAACUGUAGCUACAGGUAAUGUGUUUGGACAAUACUUUGCAUUCUGUGCUGUGGUUGAUGGUGUUGAAUACAAAACUGGAAUGGGUCAAAAUAAGAAAGAAGCAAAAGCCAAUGCUGCACAAUUAGCUCUCGAUGAACUUUUGGAUACAGAACUGAGCAAAACUUCAACUUCAGGUCCUCCUCCAAUACCUGCUGAGCCGCCAGAACCUUCCAGUGAGAUCGUAUAUAUUGCUGUUGCUGAGAACACUCCUCCCUGGGAAAGCUUAUGCCAGAGAAGGAAUUCAUAUUACAAAGCUGUUUCUAUAGCCUGCAGAGAUGUUUUCAACAAGUUGACUGCUAACCUGCCUGAGCACCAAAAUUGUAGCAGUUCUUUGGCUGCUUUUGUAGUUGAAAGACAUGGACAGCCUUAUGAAGUUGUUGCAGUUGGAACAGGAGAAAUGAACUGCAAUGAUCCUUUAUUUUCUGAAGGCCGAAUCGUGCAUGAUUCCCAUGCUGUAGUUACUGCAAGACGCUCAUUAUUGAGGUAUAUUUACAGGCAUCUUCUUAUGUUCUACAACAAAAAUCCUGAUGUGGUGAGCCAGUCUAUUUUUUGCACUGAAUCCGGAAGAAAAGUUCUUACUGUUAAGGAUCGGACUAACUUUCACCUUUAUCUGAAUCAACUGCCAAAAGGAGCUGCACAGAUUAAACAGUUGCAUCUGGCUCCUCACUCAAUAUCUACCUUUCAUACUAACAAAGAGAUGGAACUUCAUGUUAUUUUGGAUGGAAAGGUGUACGCAAUUAGUCAUUGCAGUCCUGAAGUAACUGGUACUAGAGUGUGUAGCAUGUCCGGCAGUGAUAAGCUUACUCGUUGGGAAGUGCUUGGAGUUCAGGGAGCUCUGCUUAGUCACUUCAUUGAACCCAUCUACAUCAACAGCAUUCUUAUCGGUGAUGCAAACUGCAUAGACACACGAGGGGUGGAAGUUGCAAUUAAACAACGUGUAGAUGACUCAUUGACUUCAAAGCUCCCAAAUUUCUACAUUGUCAACAAACCGCAAAUAUGCCUUACAGAAACUGCAUAUCCCUGCCAACCAAAUUCUGUUCAUAAAGCCUUCAGUCUGAACUGGUCUCAGUCAGAUUGUUUGGUAGAAGUGGUGAAUGGUGCAACUGGAAGGAUUGCUGUAAGCUCACCAUUUAAAAGUGGCAACUCCAUGACCAGUCGCUUAUGCAAGGCUGCCAUGCUGAGUCGCUUCUAUCUUGUUGCAAAAGAAGCAAAUAGAGAAGAUUUGUCUACAGUUCCAACAUAUCAUGCAGCAAAGAUGAUGGCAAAAUCAUAUCAAGAAGCCAAAGCAUUGCUGAAAUCAUCUCUGGUACAUCAUGGUUUUGGUACCUGGUUGGUCAAGAAUCCAAAUGCAGAAGUGUUCCACAUGCAAUGA